AUGCCCGAGAAGGAUGUGGUAGUCAUUGGGGCUGGCGUGGCGGGCCUGACGACGGCCCUUCUACUGUCUACGAAACCCGGUUACAAGACUGUGGUCGCCGCGAAGCAUAUGCCCGGCGACUCCGACAUCGAAUACGCGUCGCCCGGGGCUGGCGCAAAUUACAUGCCUGUUUCGAUCCGCAACACAGAAGCUGCCGAAUGGGACAAACACACCUGGGGACCAUUGGAGCAUCUGGCCAAGAACCACCCCGAAGAGGGUGUGCACUUUCAGGGUAAUACAUCUUGCAAAUAA